GACUCCAUUGCUUUUCUUUGCAUUGGGGGAAAGAAUAUGUCCGAUUUAUUAAAAAGCUAGAAGGCGCCAAAAAAAUUAAGAGGGUGGCUCAACCCAAUCCGACGAAGGAAGAGGAUAAGGGAACCCGAGACUGGGAGUGCCCUGCCAUUCCAUCCUUUUUCUUCUUCUGCGGCUUUGCUCGCUGCUUAGAUCUUAAUGGCGAUAGCAGCCGCCACCUGCUGCUUCUCAGUGUUCACCUCCGCCGACACGUCUCGUCGCUGCUCCCUUCCCUCCCAACGCCGACUCGCCGCCUUGCACAGUUCCACUGCUCCCUACCCUUCCAAAAUAAUCACUAAUUGCAGGAAGAGAAGUUCAAAAAAAGGUUCAUCAUCUUCCACAGAGCCAGGUGCUACUUCCCGCAAAAAGUUUCCUGGAAAAUCCAGAGAUGGACAGCCAUAUUUGAAUACUGAUGGCAAUAGUGCCAGAGGAGCUAUUAGAGGACAUGAAUCAACAGCAUUCAAAUCAAUAGGUGUGCAGAGAAAAGACAAGAAGGGUUUCCUUUACGACUUAAAGGAGCAACAGGUCGAAACAGGGAAUUUCCAAGAUGCAGCUUUUCUUAAUGCUGUUGUAAAGGUUUACUGCACGCAUACUGCGCCAGAUUAUUCCCUUCCUUGGCAAAAACUAAAACAAUAUACAAGUACUGGAAGUGCUUUUAUGAUUGGUGAUGGAAAACUUUUGACAAAUGCACAUUGUGUCGAGCAUGAUACGCAGGUCAAAGUGAAGAGAAGGGGUGAUGAUAAGAAAUAUGUGGCCAAGGUUUUAGCUAGAGGUGUGGAAUGUGACUUAGCUUUGCUUUCAGUGGAAAGUAAGGACUUCUGGGAAGGAGCUGAGCCACUCAAAAUUGGGCGCUUGCCACACCUUCAGGAUGCAGUAACUGUUGUAGGAUAUCCCCUUGGUGGAGACACCAUUUCAGUGACAAAGGGGGUGGUAUCACGGAUAGAGGUUACAUCUUAUGCUCAUGGAUCCUCUGAAUUGUUGGGUAUUCAGAUAGAUGCAGCGAUCAAUCCUGGUAAUAGCGGUGGUCCUGCAUUUAAUGAUCAAGGAGAGUGUAUUGGGGUAGCAUUUCAGGUUUUCAGGUCUGAUGACGUCGAGAAUAUUGGAUAUGUUAUUCCAACAACAGUUGUGUCUCAUUUUCUGAAUGACUAUAAUAGGAAUGGGAAGUACUCUGGUUUCCCUUGCCUUGGGGUGUUGUUGCAGAAGUUGGAGAAUCCAGCGCUACGUGCCUGCUUAAAAGUGGAGUCUAAUGAGGGUGUGCUGGUGCGUAGAGUCGAACCCACUUCUGAUGUGAAUAAUGUCCUAAAGGAGGGGGACGUGAUUGUAAGCUUUGAUGGUGUUGAUGUAGGGUGUGAAGGAACAGUUCCAUUUCGGUCAACCGAACGUAUUACAUUUUGCUACCUCAUAAGUCAAAAAUUUGCAGGUGAUGUAGCAGAGCUUGGAAUUAUUAGAGGAGGGGCUUUCAUGAAGGUUCAGGCAGUCUUAAAUCCACGUGUGCAUUUGGUGCCUUAUCACAUUGAAGGUGGUCAACCCUCUUAUCUUAUUAUUGCUGGUUUGGUGUUUACCCCUCUCUCAGAACCACUCAUAGGUGAGGAAUGUGAAGAUGCUAUGGGGUUGAAACUCUUGGCAAAAGCACGAUAUUCUUUGGCAAGGUUCAAGGGGGAACAGAUUGUGAUUCUAUCACAGGUCUUAGCAAAUGAAGUUAACAUCGGCUAUGAGGAUAUGGGCAAUCAACAGGUUUUGAAAUUCAAUGGGAUUCGAAUCAAAAACAUUCAUCACCUAGCGCAUCUUAUUGAUUCAUGCAAGGACAAGUACCUCACUUUUGAAUUUGAAGACAAUUACCUUGCUGCUUUGGAAAGAGAGGCAGCAAUGGCAGCCUCAUCCCGCAUCCUCAAAAACUAUGGGAUUCCAUCAGAAAGGUCUCCUGAUCUGUUGGAGCCAUAUGUGGAUUCUCUGGGAGACAAUCAUGCGCUUGAUCAGGACUUUGGGGAGAGCCCGAUCUCAAAUUUGGAAAUUGGAUUUGACGGACUCCUCUGGGCGUGAUCAGUUUUGGUUGGAAGGCCAACGUGAAUUUUCCUGAUAUCACGAUACUUGGGAGGCAUUAUCACAGCUUCUAAGCCGUUAAAAAUUUCAUCUCUUCUGCUGUUGACGCCACUGCCCCUUGAGCCAUGAUUUUUAUUUUUUAUUUUUGUUUGAAAAUGUUGCUAGUACAUUGUUCCGCACAUCUUCCUUUGUGGGGAAGAGCACGAAGGUAUGCAGAUGUGCCUGAUAUCUGCCUUGAAGGCAUUGAUGUAUAUUUAUUUGCUGUGAAAAUGGAUAUUGACGAUUUAUUGUAAUGAUUCAUUUGAAAGGAAAAAUAAAAGCACCUUAAAUUUUGAUGCAA